AUCUUACAAGAGAUUAGGAAUAACACCGACAAGGAAAUGCAUUAGGGUAGCCGUUGCACGCGUGUAGCCCCUCUCGAAUAAACGCUAAGAUGAUAAAAUAUCAAACCCUAAACCGGACUCCAAAAUCUCAGAAGCUGUAUUUGAUAGUGUGAUGAAUUAUAGGUUACACUCGAUAUAAAACUUUCUAUUUGGUUGAUACAACGAUUAAUAUCGAAAACCCUUGCCAGGGUUUUACAUUUCAAUUUGCUUUUAUUUCUCUGGCGUUUUAGUGGAAGCUUAAGUUUCAGGGUUUAAGCUUCUUCUUUGUCUGCGGCGGCACACUGUUAAGGCUACUUUAUAGCACUCUAAAAUGGGGAAGUCGAACAAGAAAGCUAACACCCAGGUUGCUGUAUCUGCUCCAAUUGCGACAACAAAGAAAGAUAAGAAAGGCAAGAGAGAACCAGAUACUGAACUUGCAGCACAACCAGCUUUGAAGAAACUGAAAUCUUCAAAUAAAGUUCCUCCAAAGAAGAAACCAGAGACAUCAUCUGAUAGCAGUGAUUCUGAGUCUGAAAAAGAGGAAACACAUAAAAAACUAAGUGCUUUGGUAAAGAAUGGAACACUAGCAGCGAAGAACGGGUCAGUUGCAGCUUUAAAAAAUGGUAAAGAAGAAUCAAGUGAAGACGAGUCUUCUGAUGAGGAGCCUGCAGCUAAAAUUAUUCAGUCAAAUAAGAAGAAUGCUUCAGUGCCAAUUAAAGCCAUUUCAAAGAAGAAAGAUAGCAGUUCAGAAGAAUCUGAUAGCGAAGAAUCUGAAGAAGAUAUUGUGCAAAAGAAGCCUGCAGCCAAGAUUGUUCAGCCCAAAAAGGAGGCCCUUCCCUCAGGCACUAAGAAGAAUGCUUCAAUGCCAGCUAAAGCCAUUCCAAAAAAGAAAGAUAGCAGCAGUUCUGAAGAAUCUGACAGUGAAGAAUCUGAAGAGGACACUGUGCAAAAGAAUGCUUCCGUGCCAGUGAAAGCGCCCCCAAAGGAGGGUACAAGUUCUGAAGAAUCUGACAGUGAAGAGUCUGAAGAGGAUACCGUACAAAAGAAACUUGUUUCCCAACCCAUUGCUAAAUCUGUAUCCAAACAAGAAAGCUCCAGUGAAGAAGAAACUCCUGAGGAUAGUGAUGAAGAACCUGCCCCCCAAAAAUUGAAAGCUAAGAAACUUGUUUCCAAACCUAUUGUUAAAUCUGUAUCCAAACAAGAAAGCUCCAGUGAAGAAGAAACUUCUGAGGAUAGUGAUGAAGAAUCUGCCCUCCAAAAUUUGAAAGCUAAGGUUCCUAUAACAAAUGUUAGUCAAACAAACAAAAAAAUGAGUACACUAGUGAAAGCCCCUCCAAAGAAUGAAGAGAGCAGUUCCGAAGAGUCUGAUAGUGAAGAAUCUGAGGAAGAUAUUGAUCAAAAGAAACGCAAAGUUCCAGCACCUCAAGUUACUAAACCAAACAAAAAAAUAGCAAUCUCAGAAUCUCAAAAGAAUGUGCCAGUCAAAGCUCCUUUAAAAAAGGAAGAGAGCAGUUCCGAAGAAUCUGACAGUGAGGAGUCUGAGGAGGUGAAUGUUGUUCAAAAGAAACCUGCCCCAAAACCUGCUGUUAAACAAGAAGGUAGCAGUAGUGAAGAUGACUCUUCCGACGAGAGUGAGGAAGAACCUGUACCUCAAAAGCUGAUACCAAAGAAAACUGUUACCAAACCAAUUGCUAAACAAGAGAGCAGUAGCAGCGAGGAGGGGUCUUCUUCUGAGGAGAGUGAUGAAGAGCCUGCACCUAAAAAACCAGUGCAGAAGGUCACUAAAAUGCAGCAACCUGCUAAGAAAGCUAAGGAAGAGAGCAGCUCUGAUGAGGAUGAGAGCUCGGAAGAGAGUGACGAGGAACCCAAGGCCAAGAAAGGCAUUAAGGAUACCAAACAAAAAGACAGUGAUGAGGAAAUGGAAGAUUUGGAAGAAACUCCAGCUUCUAAGAAAUCUUCAUCUCAGAAAGAUAAGUCAUUCGCACAAAACAUGUCAAAAACCCCGACAACUCCUGGUGUUACAACACUGUUUAUGGGAAAUAUCCCGUUUUCUGUAGAUGAGGAUAGCGUGUACCAAUUUUUUGAAGGUACUGGGGAUUUGGUAGAUGUUCGCCUAGCUAAGAAUGACGAUGGCUCCUUGAAGGGUUUUGGACAUAUUGAGUUUGCAACUGAAGCUGCAGCUACGAAGGCAAUGGAAAAAAAUGGAGAGGAGUUUUGUGGGCGACCUAUUAGACUUGAUCCUUCUAGACCUCGUGGAGAGCGUGGUGCAGCUUUUGGGAAUCAGGAUGGGAAUUACAGUAAUCGGCAGAGGCAAUCAUCUGGUCCAACUGCUUUUGUGAAGGGAUUCGACAGGACUCAAGAGGAAGAUUCUAUUCGUAAUAACUUGUCGGAGAAUUUCAAAAAUUGUGGAGAGAUUAUGAAUAUUCGAAUUCCGAUGGACAGGGAUUCGGGAGAGAGCAAGGGUUUUGCAUAUAUUCAGUUUAAGGAUCGAGAUGCACUCUCCAAGGCCCUAGAGUUAAGUGGUAAUGAUUUAUAUGUUGAUGAAGCAAUGGAAAGAAGUGGAGGUGGUGAUGGAGGUGGAAGAAGUGGAGGUAGAUCCUCUGGAGGAAGAGGUGGGGGUAGAUUUUCUGGAGGAAGAGGUGGGGGUAGAUUUUCUGGAGGACGAGACCGUGGUGGUGGCCGGGGUCGUGGAGGCCGAAGUGGAGGCCGUGGAACUCCAAGAUUUGAUAUUGCUUCUUCGGGAACAGGCAAAAAGACCAAGUUUGGAGACGAUUGAUAUUAUUAUUAAUUUCAGUGAAAUACUGAUUUGCUAGCAUCUCUUCAUUUAUCAGCUGAAUUUGUAUAUUAUUAUGAAUUUCAAGCUGGAGAAGCUUUUUUUGAUAGUGAAAAGUAUUUAGCUCUUUUCUCGUGGAAAAGGAAAAAAACGUAUGUAGGAAAAAUAUCUUGAGGUUUAUUUUGCAGUUCGGAGGAUUUAUAGUUUUAGUAAGAUCUAUUGUGCUCUUUGCACUUCACUUCAUACAAGAUUACUUGUGGUUCAUACAUUUAUGAGUUUACACGGCAUUAUUUAUGUAACUGCCUUGUAAGUAAGAUGAAUAAUUUCCAAAUCUUAUGUAGUCAUUUUUUUGUGGCAUA